AUGUCCCUCAUGGCGUCUUCCGAGUCACUAGGUCAGGUUUCACCUAAACUACAAUACAAUCUUCAAGCUCCCAUUGGUAUGUGGCGGUGAUCUGCUGAUUCUCUAGGUCUUGUUCUCUUACUCAUCUCUUACUCCCGCUUGCGUACAACCCGCAUCGGAUUCAUCCGCAGCCCAAGGGCAAAAGGUGAGAUUUGUCUAAAGAAUCUAAUUAAAUAUCACAAGCAGGAAUUAGCUACAGCAAACUCUACUCAACGCAUGAUUGAGAACAUGACGAUGUCAAGCGCAGCAGCAUCGAGUAUCUGCAUCGAUUCAACCCCACACACAAUCUGGUUUGCCUACUGUUCUAGAACAGAGGUGAGAUGUGAGGUGCCCUACGUACGAGCGCAUGUGACGACACACAAGAGAGUAGUGGUGCUCACGGACCUCGUCUAAAAAGUGCAACCUGAUUAGUGCCUAGAUUGAAGAAUGGAUUUUUCUACUGAUCUAUUGAUAUAGAUGUUGGCUUCAACUAUGCGGGCAUCCAUUUCUUUGUUGUCACCCUGCCUGCGCUGGCGCGCGUGACAGGAGCAUGUCAUGGGAUUGAAGAGACGCAUCUAACCGAAUCGUGAGAACUACUGCACGCGAAGGCUACCCCAGGAGCGAAUCAGAAGGGGGAGGAACCAUCCAAGGCACAACUUGGAACAAAUUUCGGAAGGAGGUGGACCGAAUGCGUUUAUUCGUGCAAAUCGGUCGCGUCCCUCGUUUGUCUCUUACCCUCUGGCUCCGAACCUCUAAGGAAAAGUUGGAAUCUGUUCAAACCAGAUCUCAACCUGAUGAAACAGGUUGCGGGCCAAGGACAUCCAAAUUUAGAGGAGAAUACAAUUCUCAGAAUAUUUCAUGGCGAGAAACGCCAUGAGACCGCCAUUUCCGCCAAACCGCUAGGUUUGCAAUACGUAUGAGUGUAACAGAGAGAGAGAGAGAGAGAGAGAGAGAGAGAGAGAGAGAGAGAGCUACUGUUGCCUGCAUCCCCAGACACCGAUAGAUAGAUAGAGGCGAAAGCUCUCAUCGCAGCGACCCAGGUCGAUGAUGUGAAGCGAUCUACUCAAUAAUUCCCCCGCAGUUCGUACGACGAAUGCAUUCGAGGGCACAUUCGUUGACUCGCAAGACCCCGUCUUCCGAACGGAACGAUUAUUCUCGCAGGCGUUGAAACUGAUACCCAAUGGCUACUCGCCCCAAGCCCAGAUUUCCCAGUUAUCUCACCAGGGCCCCAAUCUUCGCCGACUUCUUGUUGCCCUAGAUUUCGAGCAUGUCGCAUGUAAAGCGAUGUCAACGCCAAUGACUGACCGAUCCACAUGGCCUCUAGACAGCCGAGUUAUGGCUGGCCUAGGCUCGGCCUAGCUCGGAUCUAAGCUAGCUUCGCCCCAGGCUUCACGACAACCUCAACGUCGUCAUCCCCAUUUCGCGCUCGCUCCAUGGCCUCGAUCCACAAUCUCCCACUCUUCCAAUGGAGCGCCAUUGCCGAAUGCAGCCUCCCACUGAUUCGCGAAUCAUGAAGCUCCCUCAUGUGAGGAAAAGAGUCAAAUGCACCCACCCGAGCCCCGGCGUCAUUAAGAGCGCGGGACCUCGGCGACAACAUGCUCCUGCGAUGCAUGCACGACCCGGGUCGCGGCUUCUUGCGCUCCCUUUCCCUUUGGCACGAGCUCGAGCUCGCCCUCGGCGCAAUGGACGCACAUGCCGAGCGACGAUACAGAUUUUGCGGUCACGAAACCCUCGCCUUCGCCUUCCAUCUUGUCGCCCUUCGGGCCUUUCCGUCCCUAUUCCUGCCUUCCUCCUCUUGCUUUUCCGCUUUCGAUUUUGCUUUUCCUUGAUAAAGGACGAAGAUGGGACACCCUUUCGAAUAAUGGCACUGAGGGGCUAGAAUGGAGCUACAACUCGAUUGCAUCAAGACGCCAAUCUCUAAUUCGCAUCGUACAUGUAAAGAAAAAAAGAUCUCCAUGCCAUGAACUUGGAAGGCAC